UCAAGAUGGCCGCAGAAGGUGUCUGUCCGUUUCCUCUUCCCCCAACUCAAUACUACAAGGUUUACACGGAUGAAAAUGUAGAGAAACAAUUAGUGCCUGAUCCACCAACUCCAGCUGAGGGAACUUAUGCUAUGUUUGGGGCUUCUUUUGAGACUGACGAAUCCAUUAUUAGACCGUUAGAACUUCAGGGAAUAACUAGACUUUAUACAACUCAGGGAAGAUUUGAUCGUAUCAAAGAGCUUAAAAAACUAAAUCAUUCCAUUGUCAUAAAUUUCUUGGAGCUGUUAGAUAUUCUCAUUAAAUCUCCUUCAUCACCUAAGAGAGAAGAAAAACUAGAAGACUUAAACUUGCUAUUUAUUAAUAUUCACCACUUGAUCAAUGAACUCAGGCCACAUCAGGCACGGGAGACAUUAAGAGUAAUGAUGGAAAGACAAAAGCAGCAGAGACUGGACACAGCAGACAAACUAAACAAGCAUUUGGACAGAGUGGUGGCGAUGCUUCAGUCUAGCUUAUCAUCAUUACAGUUAAGUGCAAGACAGCAGGACAGCUCCUUUGAAAAAAUGGAGGUUGACCAAUCAAAGGAGGGCUCAGAAGAAGAUGAAGAGUUCGGCAGAGAAGAUGAAAUCAUGUGCAGUGCCCUGGAAAAUAUCUCAUAGCUAGGCAGUUGUGACCAGAUAACUAUAAACCCUGUCAAGAUAAAUUAAGACAUGUUUUGCUGCAUCUUAGAUGAGGAGAAAUAUGCUAUUUAAAACAUGUAGAAUCAUUUAUUCAGACAACUUGUGUCUUGGUCUUAAUGACAUGUAAAUACAACUGUUUUGUAAGAUAAUGUACAAUUCAUUUGUUUGAAGUAACUAAAAAAAAGAGUAAAAAAAGAUUUGUUAGACUAAAUUAAAAGUAAUUUAGGAUGAACAGUCAUUUAAUAUAUAUCACAUUUGAGAGAAAUAAAUGUAUAGGCUUUG